UAGUAUUUAUUAUAUACAGGAGAUAUACAACUCAAACUUCACAUUUCCUGUUUGGCUGCGGGAUGAGAAUUAUGACGGACGGACUGACAAGGUCAUGUAGCUUUGACUCAUCCUUUGAGCAGGUAGAAUUUCCACCUCGAGAUCCAGUAAGCACUAUAGCCAGCUCAAAACCUGAAGAUGUUGUAAUAGGAAGAAGUUCUAAGUGUUUGACUAGAUGUAGGUUUGACUCACUGUUUGAAGAAGAUGGAAGGUUGGUCAAUGAACAUAAGUUGAGGGAGCUAGUGUUUUCAGGAGGAAUAUCUCCUGACUUAAGAAGUGAUGUAUGGCCAUUUCUAUUUGGGUUAUUUCCUUGUACCUCUACACCAAGGGAAAGGCAAGUUUUAAAGGCAGAGUACAGAGUGAGAUAUAUGGCAUUGAAGGAAAGAUGGAAAGAAGAACUGUCUCAGAGAGAAGAUUGUCAAGGUCUGUUAAAUCCGACAUAUAUCAGGUAUCCUGACAACCAUGAUGAUAACCAAAGAAGUAAUAUGCCAGAUGAUAUAAAACAGCAAGUAGAAUUUAUGAAAAUUCAAGCCAAGGUCUAUGCAGGGAGACAUGAGUUUCACAUAGAAGACUUGAAAAAAGCAAUGAGAACAAUCAAUAAAGAUGUUCCUCGAACAGACAGAGACAUUCCCUAUUUCAGUGGAGACAAUCCCAACCUUACAGUGCUGAGAGAUAUACUGGUCACGUUCUCUGCCUUCAACCCACACGUUGGCUAUGCUCAGGGCAUGAAUGACAUUGUCAGCAGGUUCCUGGUGGUGUUUGAUUCUGAAGUUGAAGCUUACUGGUGUUUUACCAAGUACAUGGAAAAUGUACAAGAAGAAUUCACAGAACAUGGGAUGUUAGAUAAAAUUGUUCUUGUACAGCAGUUGUUGACAGAGCUGGACCCUGUUCUCCACAAGUACCUGGCACACUGUGAAAUGGGAGAUCUCAUGUUUUGCCACAGAUGGUUGUUGUUGUCGUUUAAGCGUGAGUUUGCUUUCGAGGACUCAUUGAAGUGCUUUGAGAUUCUCUGCAGUCAUCAUUUAGAACUCUCCUCAAUGGAAGCAGAAAAAGCAAGAGAUAGUGAAAGAAGGAGAGAUUUUGAGAAGCAAGGUGGCAAAGUGAGGAUAGAAGAGUCCCCAUACAACCCAAGCUACACAUUUGAAUUGUUUCUGUGUGUUGCAGUAUUGGUUGAAAAUAGAAAAAAAAUCUUUAAGUGUACAGAUGGUGUGGAGAUCUUUCAGUUCAUCAACAGUCUAACCAUGAAAUUGAAUAUAGAUGCCAUGCUGAGCAAGGCUGAGACAUUAUUUCUGAAGUACUGUAGAAAAUCGGUGAUUGACUGUUUUCAAGUGGUGGACCCGCCAACUCCAGAACCCAACAAAGGCGCUGUUCAUUUCAAAGUAAAAGCAGCACAUGUACACUAGCACAAGGGUUAUUUUUACUUUAAUGGCCUUUUCUUAUUCAAAACAACCACUUAUUUCAAGUCCUAUCUUGGCCUCUCAAAAUGGCUUAAAUAAACUGGAUUAUUAGAAAUACUAAUUAAGACUCAUUCUGUGAGCUAUAAUUCAGUAUCUGCAUCUUGUCAUAUAUGACAUUAACUUUUUUUGUGGGAAGGAUUCCAAGUAAAGUUGAAUAAACUUCUUACUCAAAGUCAUGAUAGUACAAUUAAUCUUCUUCUCAAAGAUGAUGAUCAUAAAUGAUUCAGAUGUUAUCUUGUUAAAAAAUCUGACUGUACACGGUGUUUCUAAACCUUCAUAGUGGUUGACUAAUAUUGAAAUGGCUUAAGAUUUAAAACAUGAAAUAAAUUUUGACAUUUGGCCACUGUUAGACAGCAACUGAAAGUGAACCAGUGCGCUAUCUAAGGCUCUUUGAAUUAAAGGGGGAAAAAAUAAUUUAUUUUUUGUACAAAGUUGGAAUCAAACUUAAUAUCCUGAAAUCAUUCCUAGAAAUGGUGAAAAGUGAUAGUAAACUCAUGGCAUUGAUUGUCCAUUCUUUACAAAACUUAUUAUUUCAUAAUAUCAAUAAGAAUCAUUGUGUAUGUGUAAAUUUAAUGUGACUUUUCAAAUGUUAAGUUAGUAAAAUUGCCAGUAUAUAUUUUAUAUAUCAAUUAUCUGAUUUAUUCAGUUGUAAAUUGUUGAACAAUUGUUAUAUGUCAGGUUAUCAGGGUUCAGUGAUGUUGGUUAAUUACACUGUCAAUAAUGUAAAGCUUUUAGUUACUUUUUCUAUACUUUUUAUAUACACCUGGCAUUUUCUUGGUUCCAAGCAUGUCAGAAACUUACUUUUCUUCACAGCAGAUUGUUUUCUUAAUUUCCAUACAUUCUUAAAUUUGGGAUAAUCUUGAUAACUGUGGUAUCCUAUAUAAAUUUACUUCAGAAUUUCUUUUUAAAUUGCGACUUACAUUUACUUGCUCACAGAUGCCCAUCUUUAGAUGACAAAGUGCUAAAAGUUAAGUCUCAAUGUUUAACUCUCAAACUUGUAGAAUUGUGCAAUAAUGAAUGCGAAUAUUUAUUUUCAUUAUGCAUUAUCUGGUUGGAAAAGGGCAAUAAACUUCCAGUUUAUAAAGAAAGCCUGGAAGCAUAAUUUCCUUUUUAAUGUUUUGUGUUAAUUACUGGGGCACACUAUUCUAUACAGAGUGAAAAAGUUUGAA